CGCCCAGCAUGAGGGGCUUCGUUCUCUUACUGGCUCUUCUCAUACCAGGAGAUGUGGCGCGAGCGACCGCCGAGCCGGAGGUGCUGACGUGCUUCCACUGCGGCGACGAGGCGCAGGACGGGGAGCCGCCUUGCAACACGCAGCCGCCUCAGGUGGCCACCUGCCCUGAGGCCAACUACUGCCUCAAGAUACUCUUCCAAAACGGGUCCGUCCAGCGCGGCUGCGCGCCACGGGCGACGGCGUGGGGGCGUCGCGUGCGGGUCGGCUGCGUGGAGCCCGUGCGCGAUGACACCAGCGUGCUGCGAUACUGCGCCUGCGACACGCACCUCUGCAACGGAGCGCCGCCACAGCCGACCGACAACUUGCUGCUGCUGUUUUUGUUAUUCUGCGCCUGUCUGCUGUUCUUCACGGGCGGACAAUAACCAGCCGCGUGCAGUACCCUCCGUGUCUAAUUACUGUGUAGCGGUUAACACCUCUGCUUGCAAACUUGACUCCAAGAUUUCGAAGCCCAUAAGGUAACUGAAAACCAGACUUUACCUACUGAAAUGCUAUCGGCGCCAUCGUCUAAUAACAACUUUCUACAAGUACUGGGUGUCUCAGUGCUUAUGUCAUCACCAGAAAUUUUUCUACAUAAAUGACAACUUUCAGGGUAGGUGGUGUUAGGAGUAUGAAAAUUUUCCGCGCUAAUACGCAAUUGUUGCGUGAAUUACCUUAGAAAUCUGAACAUUUGAGCCCGUCCACGGAAGGUCGACCGAUGAGCAUUUAGCUCGAUACUGACUGAAAUGGCUUUUCGCUGCAGCGUACGUCUACAUGGAAACGUGACUUUGUGCCAAGCUCCUUAAGUUGUCAGCAUCACAGCCCCGCUGGACUCUGCCGCAGGUUUACAGUGCGCCAGUAUAUUAUCCCCCGCCUGGUACAACAGUGUUCAUGUGGUUAUGUUGGAUUCCCACUGAGGGGAUCGGAUUUAUAUCAGGAGAACUUCGGACAACACAACACCACGGUCUUCUAACAUAUCGAAAUUGCUCGUAUUAUAAACAACAUUAGACACAACUAAGACGAACUCUGUUUUUUCUAAAUACGAAAGCCUCACAAACGCCCUAAUCGUUAUAGAUCAACAUUCUCUCUCUUUUUCUCUUUUUUACACACACACACACACACACACACACACACACACAGAUGAAACGCCAGAGAACUUUUAUGCAAGACAGGAAAUGAAGAGGAUUUGAUAAAAAUCCUGACCCAGGUUUUAUGAUGACGAGGUCAGUGCCACUUAAAAACUAUCGGUGGUGUUGAAUGAACUAAUGGAGGGAGAAAAUGACAGCAUGGGGUCUGCAAUACGACCCUCUUUGUAACUAUUGAAAGACGCACUGCAUGGUACAUUUAUUGUGGCGCUAUAUAUAUCGAAUAGAGAGUGUUUUCUCUAGUGCAGUGUUGUCAGAGAUAAUUUAUGUGAUAGUGCUGAAGUAAAGGAUGUUACAUAAUGUUUCCUCAGGAUAAGUAUUUUUGUUAUGUGAAUUAAAUGCAUUCUUUUCUCAUGUUGAACGAAUAAAUAAAAAAUUUAAUCUGUCAUACUAUCCUCUCAUGGCUGUCGAAAAUUUGUUUUCAGACAGAUUUUUGUCUUUUCCUGGAUGCAAAAGUGUUCCGCUACAGCAGAUUUAUCAAACUACUCCCGCUUUGCAGUUACCUUAUGCUCCUGAUUUUGUUAAUGCAGCAUUCUCGAUGUUGUACCGACGCACAUCUGACCAAAACUACAAUGUAGUUGCUACUUUAUCCACGUGACUGUUACAAACCGUAAACAUCCCUCUGUCUCAUUUCUAUAUUACAGGGAUAAAUCGUUUAUCUAAUGUGUUUUUUAGACAGUCAGUCAUGUGGAUUGUGCAGACGGCUAAUAUGUUACUACAGAGUCUUCGUGAUCGUCGUAAUGUACUUCUUACGUCAGAGGACCCCUACUCUUUCUUCAUUAAGGCGUUCUUGAGACAUUCCACUUCACUUCUCUUCCACUCUGGUUCAUGCCUCUAAGCAGAUGUACGGUGCAAGUCACUUCAGUCAGCGACUCUCAGUGUGCAACUAUCCGGUAUCAAGGGACUAUUCCCUUGAAAAUGUCCUCCACAGACGGAGAUACAAAGCUGAAAUAUUCAAAUGUGUUCAUUUGCCUACGACAUGAUAGCUCGGAAAAUUUAAUCAAGUUCUGUCUCUAUUUUUAAUGUUAGCCUUUUGUCCGGACUGAAGAACGUCGUAGUAACAACCUUUCUUCUAAUGAAGGUGUUAUACAGACUCCUUUGCUACAUUUUUCUGCUUAACACAGUAUUGUAUUGCAUGUUAACCGGGGGCCUAGAAACGACAGAGAGGCUCCGUCCCCGUCGCAGCCGCAGUGGUCCACAACCCCACGACGACUACCGCACUCCACUUCACCCCUCCGCCGCCCCACA